CGCAAGACACAGUCUCACCUUGGUCGAGGCCAGCUGUUCGCUACCUCGAUUGCCUCGGCAGUCUCGCUGUCGGUGAUUGAAUCGACAGGAGAUUUAUUGUUUGUUUGCAUCGUAAAAUCUAUCGAUGUAAAAUUUCAAGGGUAAAUAGAGAGAGAUCGUAAUGUGUCAUCCUUGCCGGGCAAAAACAUCGACCUCUUUUUCUCUGCCCAUCUCUGCAUUUUGAAUUCUGAAUAUUAGUAUGCUUCCAUCAUCAGUCGAUUCACUCACUCAAAAAUCUUCUGGUCUCUUGGUGGCUACAAUAUGACGACAGACUUCGCCGCCCCAAAUCGUGGCCUGGUGGUCUUCUCAGGAGGCAGCGCGGCGAACAGCUUGGUGGACGUCUUCAGCGCCGUCAGGGCCAGCAAACAAUGUUCACUGAGCUAUAUCAUUCCCAUCAGUGACAAUGGUGGCUCUUCGUCCGAGUUGAUUCGGAUUUUCGGGGGACCUGGCAUUGGUGACGUGAGGAGUAGACUCGUCCGUCUGAUUCCAGAUUCUCCUCCCGACUCAGAGAGGGCGGCCAUCAAGGCGAUUUUCAACCAUCGGCUGGCCGCAGACGCCUCGACAGCCCAGAAAGAGUGGCAUGCCAUCGUGGACGGGACGUCUGAUCUUUGGAAGGCGGUUGCUCCGGCAAAGAAGGAGCUGAUCCGCUCGUUCUUCAACCUGUUGAACCUCGAGAUUUUGAAAAGGGCCCGACCGCCGUCGUCAACCUUCGACUUUACCUCAGCCAGUGUGGGAAAUCUGUUCCUGACCGGAGCCCGGUUGUUUAGCGGUAGCUUCGAGAGCGCCAUUUACCUGCUGGGCAGUAUCUGUGGUGUGCCAUCGGACGUUGUGCGAGUGAUUCCGGCCAUCAACUCGAAUUUCUCGCACCAUAUCUCUGCGACCUUGGCCGACGGCACGAUCAUCGUCGGCCAGAACAGCAUCUCCCACCCAAGCGAAGCGACAGCUUCGCAGCCUCGACCGGGAUCCCGACGCCCGAGCCUGCUCCUCGCCGACAGAGAAGACGCGGAUGACUCCUCUGAGCCCUCUGAUGCGUCGGACGCCGUGCUAUACGAAGACGACCACCUUCCCGGGUCGUUGCCCACGCUCCGGAACAAGAACAUCUCUUUCAGCAAGAUGGGCAACGAAGACCUGCGCUCGCGUAUCACUCGGAUCUGGUACAUCAACCCCUACGGCCAGGAGAUCCGCCCGCCGGCAAACCCGCGCGUCCUGGAGGCCCUGCGCGACGCGCAGGCCAUCAUAUACAGCAUCGGCUCUCUCUACACGUCGAUUGUUCCUUCCAUCAUCCUCCGUGGUGUGGGACAAAACAUCGUCACAAGCCCUGCCCGGCAUAAGAUCCUCAUCCUGAACGGAUCGAUCGACCGCGAGACCGGGCCCUCAUCUGAGCCUUUCACCGCCGUGGACUUUGUUGAAGCCCUUGUUCGCGCCGGCGAGGAGAGCCGCGGUCUGGGACGCUCACGGGCCCCGGAAACCACCACAUCGCCCAUUUCCCCGUCCGCUAGCUUUAUGAAGAUGAAGGGUGUUCCCGAAAUACCCACUCCGCCCCUCCCGUACACAUUAUACGUCACACAUAUCCUCCAUCUGGACGGACCGGGAACCCCCAAAGUCGACCGAGAGCGGUUGGCGGAAAUGGGCAUCGAGACGCUCCGUCUGUACGGACGCAAGAUCACUAGCAUGGCAGCGGAUGGGAGUCAGGAAACGGGCGUUCGGUAUGACGCCACUGCGCUGGUGCAAGCACUGGAAGUAGUGCUGGGGAAGAAAGGAGACGCGAUGGUCAGGGGAGGGCUCGGGAGUGGACUGAGUAGGAGGAACACCCUUGAGAACCCUGGUCGUAAGAAAGGUCUAUCAUAAUCCUGAAUCUGUAAUAAUUAUAUAUACUACAUCUUAAUAACAACCAAAG